AUGCCGCAAUUUUCCAUACCGUCGAGAUCUUUCACGACCGGUCUCUCAUCGCAUCCUUCGAUCUUCCUUUCCGCCACUCUCCGACCGGCUGCUUUCUCUCUGAAUGUGCCUGGCAUUCUAUCAGACAUAUGGGAGUCUGUCCUCCGAGCUGUUCCCAAGAAGAAGACGUCCCACAUGAAGAAGCGACAUAGGCAAAUGGCUGGCAAGGCUUUGAAGGACGUCAAGAACCUCAACACCUGCCCUGCAUGUGGGCAAAUCAAACGUUCUCACGUACUAUGUCAUCAUUGCGUCGAAAGUAUUAAGAAACAAUGGGGCAAAGCUCAGUUGGCGUGA